AUGUUAAUGUUCGAAGAAACCACCCCGGGCGACCCCUCGUGGCCUCUCACCCCUCCUAAUUCAUCCGAUCCAGUACCAAAAGAUGUCUCAUCGGUGGUGACAGCAAUCCAUGUGAUCUCAACCGAGCGAGCGGCCCUCGCUCACCUUGAGCACAUCUACCAGACCGACGCGCGAGCGCAGCACGAUCUCGCCCGGGCCGUGGAUCAGAUUGCGCGGAGCGUGCGCGAGGGUGGGAAACUGGUCGUUUGCGGGGUCGGGAAAAGUGGGAAGGUCGGACGCAAAAUAGAGGCUACGAUGAAUAGUCUCGGUGUGUAUAGCGCGUUCCUGCAUCCGACUGAAGCCUUGCAUGGCGAUCUGGGAUUGGUUCGGCCGAAUGAUACCGUUCUUCUCAUAUCCUUUUCUGGUCGCUCACCGGAACUCUUAUCUCUGCUCCCGCAUCUUCCCGCUACUGUUCCGGUGAUCGCUCUUACAUCGCAUACACAUCCUGCUUCAUGUCCGCUUCUCUCGUUGCAUGGCCCAUCGGGGAUGGGUAUUCUUUUACCGGCUCCUAUUCAUGAAGAUGAAGAAUCUUCUUUCGGUGUGAGCGCGCCCACGUCGUCCACGACGGUGGCUUUGUCGCUGGGUGAUGCGCUGGCUAUUGCUACGGCCCGGAAGUUGCACACCGCGACAGGGAAGAGCCCUGCAGAGGUCUUUCGGGGGUUCCACCCUGGUGGUGCUAUUGGAGCGGCGGCGGCGGCGGCAGAGACGCCGCUAACCACGCCGUCGAGUGGUAUGUCAACGAGGGCAUUUGACUCCCCAGCGUCGUCUAUGUCUCUUCCAUGGGAGGAAAUCACGAAUACUCAGUUGAUUCCUCCUUUCACUUUGCACUCACCACCGGAACAACGUGUCAUUUCUCGAGAUAUGCUGGUCCCCCUCGAUCAGAUUCCCACUGCCUCCGCGUCUUCAUCGCAGUCACCCGGCGAUGUCCGUCUUCUCGAUAUCCUUCUGACAGCCAUCCAGAAUCCCAAUGCCAAAUCAUGGGUACUGUUGUCUCCGUCUGAAAUAAUCCCUCCACGGCACAUUCGUGCGCUCCUUUCUCCUGGUGGAGAUAUGGACAUGCGUGUGUCCGAGGUUAUAGCCAAGAAUCCUGGUACUUCAUUCGUUGUACCUCAAAGUAAAUGGCUCUUGGUGGCAGACUCAACACCCUUGGCUGAAAUUCGACGUACUGUUUCUGAAUCUCGAAAUAGAUCAGAUUCCGUCUCUGUCGUUGCUGUCGUGAAGGAUACAGCCUCCGGCAGUUUCUUAGGGGUGAUGGAGGCAGAGGAUCUAUUGGAUGGAUGA